AUGUGGAAAGCUCCACCACCCCAAUGGAUUAAAUGUAAUACGGAUGGUGCGUGGCGUAAAGAGCAUCAGCGAAGUGGAGUAGGUUGGAUAAGCCGAGACAGUACAGGGAAAUUGCUUUGGGCAGGGGUAAAGGAUUUUCAGAGAGUAGGCUCACCGAUUGAGGCAGAAGCAGAAGGUAUCAAGUGGGCAAUGCAGUCAAUGCGCAGUCUCGGCUACAAUCAGGUGCUCUAUGAAACAGACUCUCAGGUCCUUGCAAGGAUGACCGCAGGACAAGAAGUAAUAUGGCCAAAGCUCGAGCCGGUCAUGCAGGAAAUUGAGCAUUAUCUCUCUGAAAAUCCAGGUUACAAGCUAGGUUAUUAUCCAAGGGAAGGAAAUAAGGCAGCAGGUAGAGUAGCAAAGGAGGCUUUUUCUUUAGGGAAUCAUGUUCCUAGGUUCUACUCUAUUAUGCCAAUUUGGUUAGUUUCUUUGUGUGAGGCUGAUAUGCCUAUUGUAAACAUGAAUUCCAUGGGUGAAUGA